AUGAGCACCACCACGACGCACAACAUGAAGUACCGAUUCCUGGGAAACUCGGGUUUGCUGGUCUCUCGCCUUUCGUUCGGCAGUUGGGUGACCUUCGACACGCAGCUCGAUUUCGAGAAGGCCUACAGCAUCAUGGAGCACGCGUACAAGCAAGGCAUUAACUUCUUCGACAAUGCUGAAGUGUACGAGAACGGUCGUUCCGAGCUCGUUAUGGGUAAAGUGGUGAAGGCCGGCAUCGAACGCGGAGCUUGGACGCGAGAGGACCUAGUGAUCAGCACUAAGCUCUUUUUUGGAACCAAGCCGAGUCCGAACCAGGGUGGCAACAGCCGCAAACACAUCGUCGAGGGCAUGAAGGCGUCACUUAAGCGCUUUGAACUCGACUACGUGGACCUCGUUUUUUGCCACCGUGCCGACCCCUUCACCCCCAUGGAGGAGACGGUUCGUGCGAUGAACUACGUGAUUGAGCAAGGCUGGGCGUUCUACUGGGGCACUAGCGAAUGGACCGCUCAAGAGAUCAUUGAAGCUUGCGAGAUCGCGGAUCGCCUCGGCUUGAUUCGUCCGGUGUUUGACCAGCCGCAGUAUCACAUCCUGGAGCGUUCGCGCGUCGAGUACGACUACGAUGUCUUGUACAAGAAGUACAACUAUGGCCUUACCACGUGGUCGCCACUGGCGUCUGGCAUUUUGACCGGCAAGUACAGCAAGGGCAUUCCGGAGGGCUCGCGUCUGUCUCUCCCACUCUACAAGAACCUGCUUUCGAAUGGUCUUGAGGAGAAGGUUGCCAAGGUGGUUAAGCUGACGGAGAUUGCGAACGAGUUGGGCUGCUCCAUGGCGCAGCUGGCCAUCGCUUGGGUGGCAGCCAGCCCGCACGUAUCAACGGUGAUCCUCGGUGCUACGAGCAUCAAGCAGCUGGAUGAGAAUCUGAAGGCGCUCGAAUUCGCGAACAAGAUAACGCCUGAGAUCCGUGAGAAGAUCGAUUAUAUUGCCGACUUCCGUGCCAAGCUGGUGACAGACCCAGAGCCUCACGUUCUCGCACUCCGAAAGCAGUAUCUGUAA